AACCCGAGGAAGUCGGUCAGAAGGAAAAAUGCCUCCUUCUAUGGAGAAGACAGCUCUCGUGGCACCACUAUUGUUUCUCGCCGUUUUUUUGACUUCAGACUGGACUCUCCAGUCACUUCUCGUCAGUGCGCUACAUAUCCAAGAGGAAUUUGAGUCUCCUCAUGAAACCAACAACUUUGUGGUGGAUGGGGUGUCACAAAGAGUGUAUCUGGCCACGGUGAACUCACUUUAUCAGCUUAACGGCACUCUGUGUAAGGAGGCUGAGAGGCGCACGGGUCCCGUGGAAGACAACCUGCUCUGCCAUGCGCCACAGCUACCACAAGCGCCCUGUGAGCACGCGAAAACGCUUACAGACAAUUACAACAAGCUCCUAGUGUUGGACCGUGAACAAGGUGUGCUGGUAAGUUGUGGUUCUGUGUAUCAGGGCUUCUGUGAGCUCCUGAAGACGGAGAAUGUGUCGCAGAUCGCUGUGGAGUUUCCAUCACCCGGUGCCAAAACCGUGUUCCCGAGUAUGCUCAACAUUGCCGCUAACCACCCUAAUGCCAGUACUGUAGGGCUCAUCUUCCGGAGUCACGGAGGCAACACGCGAUUGCUCGUCGGAGCGACCUACACGGGCAUGGGGACCCCUUAUUUCCCCAAAAACCACAGCAAAGAGGACCUUCGGUUUGAAAAUACCCCCGAAAUUGCCAUCCGCUCUCUGAAUAUCAGAGACCUCAACCGGCUCUUCACCUACGAUAUUAACCCCUCAGAAGACAACGUGUUCAAAAUCAAACAGGAGGUAAAACAGAAAAACAAACUCAACUUCGUCCAUGUCUUUACCCAGAAGAAAUACUCUUAUAUUGCCAUUAAUAACGAUGCCAAUACGGGACUUAAGGAGAGCCAACCCAACAGCAUACUGGCUCGAAUCUGUUUGGAUACGGAGACACCUCGCAAAUCCACCACAGAGAGUCGAAAACUUACAGAAUCCUACAUUCAAAUGGGCCUACAGUGUGGCACUAACUUGAACAUUUAUAACCGACUGGUCUCUGUAUACCCAGCCGAGAUCCACACAGAGAACGGACAGUCUACUGAACCGUACCUGUUCGGUGUGUUCACCAAGGGGAAUAAAAUUUCGGCGCUGUGCGCUUUUCGCUUUCUGGACAUUGAAGAGGAAAUUCACCGAGGCAGAUGGAACUGUUCAAACUCGCCGAGCGGUGAUGUGCAGGUGUUGGAUAGCGUCAUUCAAGGCUCAGGGGCUGAAUGCAAAGCCAAAGGGAAUAUUAAGCUGCAAGAGGAGCAGCUGAACUGCGGGGCGGCUCACCUGCAACAUCCUCUGGCUAUUCGUAGACCUCUGAAGGCGACUCCGCUUUUCGAGAGCCCGGGCCUCAGCUCGGUUGCCGUUGACAACGUACAUAACCACACUGUGGUAUUCCUGGGUACCACCAACGGGAGACUGCGCAAGUUGUCUCUAAGGAGAAACCUGUCUGUGGCCAGUCAGUGGUCUCUGAGACUGCCCCGUGGAGAAUCGGUGCAUCACAUUAUGACCUUUCACCCUAAUGACAGCAAUUACCUCUACCUCAUGACCUCCCACCACUUCUUAAAGGUGAAGGUAGCUGGGUGUGGUCAGUACAACUCCUGCAGUGAGUGUCUCAGAGCAGCAGAUGCCUACUGUGGAUGGUGCACCCUGGAGAGCAGGUGUUCUAUCCAGAGGGAAUGUUCUGGGGGUCCAGUUGCUCGCUCCUGGAUUGGAAUUGGGGAGGGGCCUCAGCAGUGCCCCUCCAUGACCCUCACACCACCCGAAAUCAGCCUCUCGGCAGAUAUCAAGGAUGUGGGAAUCCUGAUAAAUGGGAGUGUCCCUGAUUUGAAUGGUUUUAAGGUGGAGUGUGAUUAUGGGGUGGGUGAGGUCACCACUGCCACAGUACACCUGGACUCUGGCCCUGCCCAGAUCCAGACCUGUCCCCUCCUACAUCAAAAGAGAUAUCCCAGCAUCCCACAGGGCAAAGAUCACAUCACUGUAUCUGUGGAGAUCAAGGUCAACAGUGUGUCAGUGGUUUCAGGGAGUUUUGUCAUCUAUGACUGCAGCAGGACAGGGGAAAUUAACCCAAUGACUGCGUGCACUAAAUGUCUCAGCACUAAAUGGCGAUGUUACUGGGAUCAGCAGAGGAACUUGUGUGUCUCCAGUAAAGAUAACAUCCAUGGCUCUCUAUUGGAGAAUUCUGCUUCUUGUCCAAGAAUGCUCGCCCAGGAAGUCCCGCCCUCACCCACGGGAGCGAGUCAGGACUUUAGCGUGCCACUGAUGAACGUGCCUCAGGGCACAGAGCUGGACUGUGACUUUGGAUUUGGGCAGCAGUAUGAGGCCCACUGGCAGUCUGACCAAUCAUCUGUCAAAUGCAGUGGAGUGACAUUGAACACAGUGAUGAAGAGUAAGAUUUUCCACCUGAACCUGCGGAGGAGAGGAGAAAGCCAAUACAUUGACAGCCCUGAACCAAUGGCUGUGGAGGUGUAUAACUGCGCUGUUGGUGACAGCGAUUGCUCACAGUGCUGGGGCAGGGAGGCACAGGGUCACCUGUGCGCCUGGUGUGACAACAUCUGUCGCCCGCGAGACGACUGCCAGCCAAUCAUGGCACAGUGUCCCCAUCCUGAAAUCUUCAAGAUUGAGCCCCGGCGUGGGCCCGUUCAGGGGGGGACUCUGUUGACGGUGCAGGGGAGGAACCUUGGGCGCAGUGCUCAGAAUGUCAAUGUCUUUCUUAACACAGUGCCCUGCAGUCUGCUCCAGGAUCACUACACCAUCUCUGUCAAGUUGGUCUGUAAAACAGGAUCCUCAUCAUCACAGACCGUUGCUGAUGUGAAAGUCACGGUGGACAUGAAUGCAGUGGGUGUCUCUAAGGAGGCCUUCAGUUAUGUCAACCCCACUGUGAGCUCUCUGGAGCCCAGACACGGGCCCAUCUUUGGAGGGACCAGAGUCACCAUCCACGGGAAGUUCCUGGACGCAGGAUCUCACAUCAACGUUCGGGUGGACAGCUCUCAAGACUGCAGAAUCCUCAAGUGGUCAGAGGAUGUGAUAGAGUGUGUGAUGCCCGCGCUGUUGCUCCCUCGUGCUGAGGCAGUGAGUGUAUGUGUAGAAUAUGACAACAUGCCCUGUCAAAGCCUGUUGCUUAGGAACUUCACCUACGAGAAAAACCCCAGCAUCAGCUUCAUCAAACCUGACAAGAGCUACCUCAGUGGUGGCCGGACCAUUUCUGUGAUUGGACAGGGUUUUAAUCUGGUGCAGACAGUUACUAUGGAUGUGGUGGAUAUUGACAAAUCAGACUGCGUUGUCCAAUCACCUACGCUCAUCACAUGCCCCUCCCCUGCCGCCAGCCAAUCACAGCAGGUCACAGCUCAGUUCUUCUUGAAUGACAUUCUGUAUAAGGGAGCUAACCCAACCUACUCUGGGCAUGGCCAGGAUGAGGAGGAGGAGCCACAUGCAGGGCACUUUCCAAUGGAAUAUGUGGAGGACCCUCAGUUUUACACAGCCACUAAAGAGAAACUCAUCAAACACCACCCAGGAGAGCCGCUCACACUCAUCAUUAAUAAAGGACCAAGUGAGCUGGAUUUGACACCAGAUGAAUAUUCUGUAAUGAUUGGACCAUAUCCCUGUGACAUCAGUUUCCAUAACGACCAGCUGUUCCACUGCACCAUUAACGGUUCACUUGGCUCAAGCACCAGAGAGCUGCCUGUCACAGUGCAGGUGGGACACUUUAAAAGAGUGAUAGCGACGGUGCAGUUGGGUGGCAGUGAACUGGCUAUUGUCGUCUCCAUAGUGGUCUGCUGUGUUCUUCUUCUGCUGUGUACAGUGGCCCUGGUUGUGUACUGCACUAAGAGCCGCAGAGCUGAGAGAUAUUGGCAGAAGACUCUGGUUCAGAUGGAGGAAAUGGAGUCUCAGAUCAGAGAGGAGAUACGCAAAGGUUUUGCAGAGUUACAGACAGACAUGACUGAUCUGACUAAAGAGCUGAAUCGUAGUCAGGGAAUCCCGUUUCUGGAAUACAAGCAGUUUGUCACACGUACCUUCUUCCCAAAGGUGUGUUCAGAUUAUGAAAGAAGUUUGGUUCAGCCUAUCUAUGAUAAUGACCCCCUCGGUCCACGGGCGUUGCCUGAAACCCACCCCCUACUCAAGGACUGGCAGGCAUCCAGUACAUCCAGGCCGAACAUGGAAGAGGGUAUCACGUUGUUUUCCACUCUUCUCAACAACAAACACUUCCUCAUCACUUUUGUGCAUGCUCUAGAACAGCAGAAGGACUUUGCAGUGAGAGACAGGUGUAGCCUGGCAUCUCUGCUCACUAUCGCCCUCCAUGGUAAACUGGAGUAUUACACCAGCAUUAUGAAAGAGCUGCUGGUGGAUUUGAUUGAUGCGUCUGCCUCAAAGAACCCCAAACUGAUGUUGCGACGUACGGAGUCCGUGGUGGAGAAAAUGUUGACCAACUGGAUGUCCAUCUGCAUGUACAGUUACCUAAAGGAGACAGUGGGCGAGCCGUUUUUCCUGCUGCUGUGUGCCAUUAAGCAGCAGAUCAAUAAAGGAUCCAUCGACGCCAUCACAGGGAAAGCACGAUACACACUCAAUGAGGAGUGGCUUCUUAGGGAGAACAUCGAGGCCAAACCCUUGAACAUUAAUGUGUCAUUCCAAGGCUGUGGCAUGGACUCUGUGAGUGUGCGUGUGAUGAACACAGAUACUAUCUGUCAAGUGAAAGAGAAGGUUCUAGAAGCGUUCUAUAAGAACCUGCCCUUCUCCCAGUGGCCUAGAGCAGAGGAUGUGGAUCUAGAGUGGUUUCCAGUGGGGAGCACGAGUAGAAUCUUACAGGAUCUAGAUAACUCAUCUGUAAUGGAGGAUGGCAGGAAGAAACUCAACACAGUGUUUCACUACAAGAUCCCAGAGGGAGCAUCACUCGCCAUGAGCAUGAAAGACAAGAGAGAGAACACACUGGGCAGAGCUAAAGAUUUGGACACGGAGAAAUAUGUCCAUCUGGUCCCUCCUCAUGAUGAGCUGAUGGAGACAAAAAAGUCUCACAGACACAGCCAUCGUAAGAAAGUUUUACCUGAGAUUUACCUGACACGCCUCCUGUCCACCAAGGGAACACUGCAGAAAUUCCUGGAUGACCUCUUCCAAGCCAUACUGAGUAUUCCUCAGGAGAGGCCCCCGCUGGCUGUGAAGUACUUCUUUGACUUCUUAGAGGAACAGGCAGACAAACGAGGCAUCACAGACCCGGACACGCUGCACAUAUGGAAAACAAACAGUUUGCCCCUGCGUUUCUGGGUGAACAUUCUGAAGAAUCCUCAGUUUGUAUUUGAUAUUGAUAAGACGGAUCAUAUGGACGCAUGUCUAUCUGUUAUCGCUCAGGCCUUCAUUGACGCCUGCUCCAUCUCUGACCUGCAGCUGGGCAAGGACUCACCCACCAACAAACUGCUUUAUGCCAAAGAGAUCCCUGAGUACAAGAAAAGGGUGCAGUGUUACUACAGACAGAUUCAGGAGAUGCCCCCCCUGAGUGAACAGGAGAUGAAUGCCCACCUGGCUGAGGAGUCGCGGAAAUACAGGAACGAGUUCAACACCAACCUCGCUCUGAGGGAGAUAUACAAAUACGCCAAAAGAUAUCGCAGCCAGGUGGUGAGUGCGUUGGAAGCUAACCCCACCGCCAGGAGGACACAGCUGCAGCAUAAAUUUGAGCAGGUCAUUGCUCUGGUGGAAGACAACAUCUACGAGUGCAGCAGCGAGGCCUGAACGGCCAAACCCAGCAUCAGGGGGAGGGGACCUGAGUGGGGAGGGGACCUGAACCAAUUACAGGAGUUGCCAUUAGGGCUCUGAGCCAAUCAGAUUACAGGUUCUCCUGACGACCAAACCAUCCUUUUAUCAAACAGAAAACAAAUGGGAAUCUUCCUAGGAGUUUAAUUGAAUUUGACCACUGGCAGGCUCUGGAAUCAGACCCAAUAUGGACAUUUGGAAAUGGACAUAAAAAUCCUGACUGAAAAAGCAUUGGUGGAAAAAGAAAAAAAAUAUAUGAUCCAGUUCUCUCUCUGUUAGCCUUCCAAGUCGUCUCCUAGGUAUUGUUGCUGGUUUCUGUGAUGUGUGAAUCGUUCAGGGUCUCAUGUUCGCCCCCCUCCCUAACAUUUGACCCUGAUCUUUAUAGGGAAGCUUUGUUUUUUGUGUUUUUGGUUUUUGUUUUUUUUUUUGUUUUGUUUUGUAUUUUUUUUUUGGUUUUUAAAUUCUGUGGACUUUUGGGACCAGGAGUCCCGGUGGCUACUUCGCGCACUGACCCCACCCUGGGACAAGCCAACGAUGCACUGGACUGUAUAAUAGAUCUCCAUAGCAAUAUUUAUAUCUCUUUUUUAUUGCUUGCUCUUUGAAGUGGAAAAAAGUUAGCAAUUCAGAUAUGGGAGACUCUUUCUCUCUCCCGUAAUCUGCACUAUUCUCAGGUUUGAUUGGUUGAGAUGACAGAGGGAUUACUGAUAGGUGUUUAUAAUUACACAGUCCAUUAACUUGUGUACAACUGGCGUAGUGUUUUGUUGGUUGUGACUGAAAGGGGACCAGACCAAUCAAAAUUGAGAGGGAUGUUUUUGGGUUGCGUCUGAACCCUGAGUGAAUUGUUCUGUAUAUGUAGAAUGGCUCAUCUCUUGGAGAGAGAGAGAGAGCAAGAGAGAGAGAAAUUUAUCAAAUAAAGCAAUUACCUUUAUUGA